AGUUUAACUUUAGUUCUUAUUUUGACAGACACCAGCCCCACAUUCGUCACAAUCUACUGGAGAGUCUCAACAAAAUAGUUAACGCCAUGAGCACCUUCGGCGUUCUUCAGGCUACACACGAGGCUCAGGACGCUGCUCAGAGGUUUGCUAAUAUGGAACUUCUGAAGGAGUACCUGCAGGAAGACGCCCAAAUAGAUCCUUGUCUGGUGGAGCAGAUAAGAGUACUAUGGGAGGAUCCUGGCGUGCAGGAGGUGUAUUUAAGGGGUAACGAGUAUCACCUGAUGACCAACGCACAGUACUUCAUUACCAGUGCAGAGAGAAUCCUCGAUGAGAACUAUGUACCUAAUAUUGAGGACAUCCUGCGCAUGCGCUUCCCGACGAAGGGCUCAUUUACCUCAACAUACGACCUCGGGGAUCUCCGUAUAACUAUGCACGACAUGGGGGGUCAGAGGCCAGAACGCACUAUGUGGGUUAAUCAACAACAUCCGACAACUAUACUCCUCCUGGCCUCGCUUUCAGAGUACGAUCAACGCGUCGAGGAGGCCACAGAGGACAAGAAUCGUGUGCAGGAGAGUCUAGACAUUUUCGAGGAGCUGCUACAGUAUCCCCCCUUCGAGGCCACCCCAGUUAUACUCCUACUCAAUAAAACUGAUAUCUUUCAUUGGAAAAUCCAGCACCACUCGAUCAAGGAUUUCCUUCCAAAUUAUAAGGGUUCAGAGAAUGAUGAGUGCCAAGGUCGGGAGUUCAUCGCAGGGCUCUACAGGGAUGUGGCUGUUCGUCAUGGCCGCCACUUUGUCGUCCGCUUCUCCGAGGCCACAAACACAGAUAACUUCAGGGCCAUCUUUUCCUUCAUCAGGACAAACGUGACCAGGAAUAUCAUGAGCAGAGGAGGUCUGUUUUGAUAUCAAGGACGUCUAAACGGCUGGAAGUACUCCUAGACGUUUAAAGAACGUUAGUAGUGGUGAAAAGAACGGCCACCCCAGUUCCAUCAGCAUAUAAAGCUAUAGUGGCCAUACUCCCGCAGGCUAAAGUCGGGGUAAAGACAAAAAAGGAAAGGGGGAAUUUCCUCAGUCAUUAAUACAAAAAAAAUACUGCCACUACUUCCUGUUCACUGGGAAAUGUUCGUAGAUGGGCCUUAGCAGGAAGGCCUAAGCAUCUGACAUAACUACCCUAGUUUUCAGAGUAGUUUCACCUGUACUAUUAGUGGUAGGCAUCUUACCAUACUGUCGACUCUAGUAAAACUUGAUUACCCACCGGGGAUAAAAAUCCGAACGAAAUCUUAUCUUAUCUUCCACGAGCCUCGUAUAUCUGACUCAAAAGAGUUUAAUGACAAAAACUUAUAAACUUGAUAUGAGA